UAUGACAUCAGAACAGAUAACCAUCAGUUUUGUUCUCCAAGAUGGGCUUUUACAUUUCAAAUAUCCUGUAUAUGAACAUACUAGCUAACAACUUUGCAAAUGAGGAUGGAAAUUUUGAUUGAGAGGAUUUGCCUACUGCAGAAGGACCCGUAGAGAAAGCAAGUGACAUAAAAUUUAAUUUAGUGAAGAUCUCCUCCCUCAUGAACCAUGCCUGAUCAAAAGUGGUACAGACGUAACUGCAUCAAAGAACCAUUUUGUGUUCUCAGCACCAGCGGUGGUUUGAAGACGAGGCGGAGAAAUGUGCUAUUUCGUAAUAAGUUUUUAGACACUUAUUCUGGUUAUCCAGAAGACAUGACAACUCGCUCAGAUUACAGUUUGAACUUCAGUAACAACAGAAAUCGUAGAAGAAUUCAGUUUUUACAGGCAUUCAAAACACCAGAGGCAGUAGCUUGGGCAGACAUUUUCCUUUCAGAAGAUCAAGAGUUCCCCCAUACAUCUUCAAACUCAGUCCUUACAGCAACAGAAACCCAGGAUGAUAUUUAUAUGGAACCCAUUCAUGGUUCUAAAAUACCAAUGGAGAAAAACAGUAAAGAGAAGAUAGCUUUUCCAACAAGACUCACAAGACCAUUUGAAUUGUCCAGAAAAUCUGGAGUAAUCAUGGAAGCAAUGUCUCACACACCUGACUAUUCCUUAUUCAUGGAUAUUGAUCCUUCAAAAUCAGGAGGAUUCUUGGACAGUCUUGGCACAGCUGCACUGCAACCUCUGCUCCUGGACUGUGAUGGUAGCAUGCAAGAGGAAUCAAUAAUCCAGAGCAAACAGGUGCUUCCAAUUCUAGACUGGGUUGGUGAAAAACUAAGGAGUAAACUGCAUAUGUCCUAAACUGAGGUAUGAAUAGACUAAUUAUAAUAUAGAACUACUGUAAUAUCCCUGCUAUUCACCUUAUGCUGUCAGUAAUACAGGAUGAAACUGUACUGGGCAUAGCUAACUUGUGGGGAAUGUGUGCUUAUGCAGUAAUGUUAAAGCCCUUUAUUUUGCAUGGAGCCCACUUCUAACCAAAAGUAUUAACUUUUAGGUAAUUCAGCAUGUAGAACCAGUAUGAAUCUUUAAUACAUGACCCCAACCUAAGACCUGAUGCUAACAUCAGGUGCCUUUAGGAAAAGGAAGAUGUCCUAAUGUCCUGCAGUCACAUGCUGUCUUUCUCUCCAGUUGUCAGGCUGGAGGGAGCAUGGCUGGUAUCUCCUCCCUUAGUCUACUAGAAGUUUUUCUGUGGGAAGAGGAGCACAACUCAGCUGCUGCUGGGGUAGGAACUGUCCUUGUGAAUAGAUUGUGCCGGCAAAGAGAGAAACAAAAAAGCACUUUCCUGUUAGUGGCUUUUGCACGUUCCCAUUCUCGAGUCACAGCAGCAGGGCAGCUCUGGAUGCUGGGAAGUUUCCUAGCAGCAUCUGCUGGAGCUCUCCUCCCCCUCACUAUUCCUGAGCCUUCUGAGGGGAAGGCUAGACAAGGGGUCACAGCUCUCUGGCAGCCCUUGUCUAUCCCACUGCUGCAGCAGACAAACCAGGACCCUCUCUGGGCUGAUCCUGUCUGGAUCUAAGCUCUGCAAAGACUCAGUGCAUUCAUUCCAUUUCUUAGUCUGUUUGGAUCCUCACAGGAAUCCAUCCCUUCCUAGAAAUUAGGGGAAGCUUCAUGCUUUGGCAUCAUACUGCUUAUACCCUGCUGAUGUAGAUGGAUCUAGAUCCAUCAGCAGGUUAUAGAGAGUACAUCCCAACAGGAGUCCCAGAUCCCGUUUCAGAAUUGAAACUAAUGGACCAGUCAGUACAAGGGUGAGGACUGGAGCAUGCCAAUGGGAAAGCAGGAGUUGCU